AUGUUGGCCACGUCGUCCGCCUCCGGCCGCGGCAAGCCGUCGCGGUCGUCGUCGGCCAUCGUUGCCGACAGGCCGAGCGGGUACCACGACCUCAAGAUCGACUCCCGCUUGCUCGACGCGAUGAGCGUUCCCCAUGGAGAGUUCCUCUUGUCCUCCGCUUUCACCGUGGGCGGCCAUACCUGGCGCAUCAUAUGCUACCCUAACGGCGACCGCUACGACUCGGAUGCUGCUGUUGGGUACGUCUCCAUCUACCUGAAACUUGAUGAGAACGUCGCGAAGCCGGUGACUGCCCAGGUACAGUUCAGCGUCAUGGCGGAGAAGGGCGCCCUCUUCCUUGUCAGGUGGAGGAAGGAGGUUCUCAGCACGAAAAAGAUAUUUGUCACAAGCUUCGCCAGACAGGAUAGUAGUCAUGGCUACUCCAAGUUCGCCAAAAACAAAGAUGUGCUCAAGACGGUGCGUCAGGGCGAUCCUCUCACAAUCAGGUGCCACAUCAUCGUCUUCAACGGCUCCCGGGACGUGCAAUCUCCCAAGCACAAGCAGGCUGCUGCUGCGUCUGCCCACGUGUCCCCGUCCAACCUGCAUACGCACCUCGGCGACCUCCUCUCCAGCAAAAGGGGCGCCGACGUGGUGUUCGUGGUCGGCGGCGAGGCGUACCCCGCGCAUCGGUGCGUGCUCGUAGCCCGAUCACCGGUCUUCGCCGUGGAGCUCUUCAGCUCAAUGCGGGAGAGCGACGCCGCAGGCGGUGUGGUCCACAUAGACGACAUGGAGCCGCAGGUGUUCCAGGCUCUGCUCCACUUCGCGUACACCGACACGCUGCCGGAGAUGAGGAAGCCGGAGGAAGGAGUAUUGUGCCAGCACCUGCUUGUGGCGGCGGACAGGUACGACAUGGAGAGGCUCAAGCUCAUAUGUGAGGAUAAGCUGUGCAGAUAG